AUGUUGGGAUUAGGAGAAGAAAGAUUGGUUAGGAGAGGAGGAGACGGGGAAAAACCAGAAUGGAAAAAAGUGGACAACAAUAAUCGUACAGCUACCGAUAGUUCAGCAACAUCAGCAAAGUGCUGUUUGCAUAAUCAAAAUUCGAAUGCCUGUAAAAGUUUUACUCAACAAAAACAGGAACCGUUCCAAUUUGGUGAUAAAUCAUCAGCGCCUCCAAAUGUAGCAGAAAGUAUACAGAGUAGUUUUAAUGAAGAAACCUUGAAUGAUCUGACAAAAGAGUUUAACGCUGAACAGCCGUUGAUUGAGGAUAACGAAAAAUUGGUACAACAUAGUUACGCAGAGACGGAAUUGGAGAGAAACAAAAUAGACAGAAAUGUAGAGGAUGAGCACUUCGAUGCAACCACUAAAGUAAAACUUCUUUAUCGUUAUGAAGCUGUUGAAGAUACCGAAACACCAGUAGAUGGUCGAAUUCCACCACCACCACCACCGCCGGUGCCACCAACAUUUCCGAUUUGGAAAAUUACCGUAACAUCGUCUGAUGAAGUUGUCAAACUGUCGGAUACAGAUGCCGCAAAUGCUGAAGAUGGUUUGAUGGAAAAGGUACCAAAAGGUGCCGUUCAAGUACUUCCACCAGAGAUUACUGCUGAAGCAAGUAUGAAGAUUCGAGAACGAGAGAAGAAACUUGAAAUGCAGAAAGACGAGAAACCUGAAUACGAACAUAGUAUUGAUGACUGGACGGUUACAAGUAGCAGAAAGUUGACUGAACCUAUCACCUAUUCGACUCAACAUACAGAAGUGCCUCCGUCACAAGAUUACCCGGUACCAGCUGAACGAAUUUCACGACAGAGCUCUGGAACUGUUUCACAAACCUAUCGAAUGGAUACAGCUUCAGCAAAACCGUUUGUUCAAAGUCGACCGAUUACUGUGGAUACUACACAACAUGAUUAUAAACAAAAAGAGCAGGUGAAAACCAACAAUAAUUAUAGCAGUACAAAUCAUUCAAAUUUUUACAGGUCGGGUCCAUUAACCGAUGAUGCAUUUUUGAUGGGUCGAAGUGUUUUUUCGCCAGUACGUGAAGCUGAAGAGCUGAGAAAUUCGAUUAACCGUAAAGCAAUGCGCAGCGAAAGUGUUACGCGUUCAGAAACACCUGGAAACUACGACGGUAUCUACGGUUCAUCGGUACCAUACACACCAUAUGACUAUACAUCACAGUCGUCCAGAUCCACAACACCCUACGAUAAACUGCAGAAUAUGGCAAUGUCAUAUUAUACACAACGAUCCAGGCCACCUCAUCGAAUGUACAAAAGUUACAUGUAUUCCUCACCAAACAACAAACAAGAAACCGGACAAUGGCCUCCACAAAGCAAUGCGACUGGUGCUGAAGUAUCUAAAGAAAAUUGGGAUCUUUUACUACCGUCAACGGUCACUUCAUGUAGAAGAGUUACGGAACGAACUGUUACGGACAAAUGGCUAACCCGUGACGAUACUGGACGUUUACUGGAGGAAUAUUCAGAACGAUCAUGGAAAGGUGAAAGCGACGGAAUGCACUAUCGUCCAGACGGUACCGGUGAAGCUUGGCAUCGUUCAGUUAGCGUUGAUCCAGUUGGACGAACAUCAUUUGUAGAUAAUAAAAGUCAUUUUAAUAGAGACUACGUAAUACAGGUACUAUUUCGUCGUUUCUUUCUUUUUUCAUUGGCUUACUUUAUCGCUUUUUUACUUUAUUUCAUUUAUUUUUUACGCAUACACACACUCAAUAAUUAAUC